GAAGCCCUCAGUGCGACGUGCCGUGUGACGUGGCGCAGGGCGGAAGAGCUUGUUUGUGUUUUGAUUCUAGAGGGAAGUUGCGAGAAGAAAGGAAGGAGGAGACGUGACGGGAUUCUUGAAAUUAUUCUCCUGGCUCCCCCGUGACCAGCUCACCGCAGUACCCCGGGUUCCGUGUGUGGAUAAACUAAAGCGGUGGCAUUAAAAAGUUCAGCUCGUCGUCUGGCUCUCAGCAGACGUGUCGAUAGAGACGUUUGGCCCGCGGGACACCGGAGAAUCUGAUUAGGACAUGGCCAGUCGAGGAGGCGCUACGAGACCCAACGGACCCAACGCCGGCAACAAGAUCUGUCAGUUUAAGCUGGUGUUGCUGGGGGAGUCGGCCGUGGGGAAGUCCAGCCUGGUGCUUCGCUUCGUUAAAGGCCAGUUCCACGAAUUCCAGGAAAGCACAAUAGGAGCUGCUUUCCUCACUCAGACGGUGUGUCUAGAUGACACAACAGUGAAGUUUGAAAUCUGGGACACUGCAGGUCAAGAGCGUUACCACAGUUUGGCACCCAUGUAUUACAGAGGAGCACAAGCCGCCAUUGUGGUCUACGACAUCACAAAUGAGGAGUCCUUUGCUCGGGCUAAGAACUGGGUGAAGGAGCUUCAAAGACAAGCUAGUCCUAAUAUAGUCAUCGCUUUCUCAGGAAACAAGGCUGACCUGGCCAGCAAGAGAGCUGUUGACUUCCAGGAUGCUCAGUCCUACGCAGAUGACAACAGCCUACUAUUCAUGGAGACGUCAGCCAAAACGUCUAUGAACGUCAACGAGAUAUUUAUGGCUAUUGCAAAGAGAUUGCCAAAAAGUGAGCCCCAAGCUCCAGGAGCCACCGCCGCGCGAAGCCGAGGAGUGGACCUGACGGAACCCGCCCAGCCGGCCAAAGCCCCGUGCUGCUCCAACUAACACGAAGAACACACCUUUCUCUGACCUGUAGACCAGUAACUAAUGUGGUCCAUGCCCCAGGUGCCACUGCAGCUACUAAUGCAACGUGUCACUCAUCGUUAAAAGCGGGAAGAUGCCCGCCGUUCCCAUUCUCUCCGUUUUCUUGCAGUGGCGGACCAGCGCCACUGGCGUUCCUUCGUAGUUCUGCCUCUUGUCUUCUGUUGCGGUUCUGCUGCCACCAGGUGAAGCCUCCCAACCACUCUGUCUUACUCCCUGACACAUUCAUAUCCGUGGUGGCAGAAACGACAGGUCCACCUUCGCUCCAGCGUGUAAAUCCGAGUUUCACUUCCUCCCCCUGGAGACUUUACUACUGCUUCUUUUGGAUUAAUAUUGUUUGCUAGGAUUCUGUUCUGGACACAUUUCCUUGUAUAUUUAAGUGGGCUAAAAUAAAAAUAAAAAACUUUAAGGUUGGUUUGCAGUAGCACAAAACGUCCGUUAGGGGAAAUGAAGUCUUUUGGAAUUUCUGCAUUCCCUCUUAAUGUCCUCACUUCCUGUUAAAGGUUAGCGCAGUUUGCUCCUCCCGUCUGUAGGUUUCGUUCUGGGGCUGUGCCUGCUCGUAAUUGUCUAAAGUGUAAUUGUGCAAUGUUCUGCAGUAUUACUCGCUAGUUUGAGUAUCUGCAGAGAACAACGUCCCGUCUCACAUCGGUGGUGACCGUCCACGAGUCCUUCCGUAAACCGUCCCAUUCUGAUCCAACCUGGAUUCUUUUUUUCUGGCGUUGGAUGACUUCCGCAGCCGUCCUCUCCAUCGGGUCGGUGUUGCCGGGCGGCUGCGGGUAGUUUUGCACAGAAUGUGGGGUGAGAGUGACUCGUCCUUUUAUUUAGAAAGUGCUUUAGACACAACUGUUCUAACUGUGUGUGUGUGCGUGCGUGCGUGCGUGCGUGCGUGCGUGCGUGCGUGCGUGCGUGCGUGUGUGCGUGUGUGUGUGUGUGUGUACACAUUUGCACAAUGAAACACAUGACUUCUUCCUUUCAAACUUUUGAUUUUUUUCCUGUCCAAACUUCUGCAUCACUGUAGGUCAGCUGAAGAAUAUACUGUUACACGUUAGCCACACUUAAUGUGUUUGUCAUGUUCUCUCUAACACACACACACACACACACACACACACACACACACACAGAGAGAGAGAGAGAGAGAGAGAGAGAGAGCAAAAACACUUUAGUCCAAACCUUUUUCUAUCGUUCUCAUGCCUUGCACUAAUAAUGCUCAUGAAUUUAUGUUAUAAUCUCAGUCAGUGUGUUAUAAAUAUAUACAUAAUAUAAAUAUAUAAAUAAUAUACUGUAAAUACGGUGUUGCAGUGUAGUCUACCUUUUUAUUUUUGUUUUCCCAGUGACGGGACUAAUGCUUGCUAGGGAUAAUCAAUAGAAGGUUAAAAACCAUGUACAGUUAGCAGGAAAACAGCAACAAUCUGGGUUUGGAGUUUUCCCCCCAACACACAAAUGGUUAAGUCAUAAUCCGUGGUGGUCUUUAUAAAUAUGUGUAGUAAUAUUAACAAAAAAAACAUUGCAUUUAUUUAGAUGUCUGCCUCAUUUUCUCAAAAAGAAAUCUGUUACGCCCAAACUUCCUGGUUUCAUCCUCCUUUUUAUUUUUAAUGCCUCGUGUCUAAAAUGUCCUCCUCCCGGGUUUUAGGAGAUAUAAACUGAUUUAAAAAUCUACAUAUUGGUCUGUUUAAAAAUCUGUUAACAGCGUUACAGGAACAACAGAACAUCUGUGACUUGGAUCACUUUUGGUUUUAAGACUUCUUUGCAGGAAGACAUUUAAACUGAAGCAUUUUACAGAACUAUUAUGUAAUGACCAAAUAAAUACUGAAAUAAAUUUGAGCAUUCAUCAUUGUAA